AUGACUUUUAAAGGUUUUAAUGAAUUGUCACAAAAUUUUUUAGAGAUGCAUAAAGAUGCAGAUGAUUAUAAUGUGAUUAUCAAAGUUGGAAAGAGUCCGAAUAUAAAAGAAUUUCGUGCUCAUUCGAAUAUCUUAAAAGCACGAUCACCUUACUUUAAAAGAGCUUUUUCACAGAACUGGAUUAAAAUACAAAAUAAUAUGAUCCACUUUGAUAAACCGAAUAUCUCUCCUACUGUCUUUGAAAUGAUUCUUAGGACGACAGAUUUAGAAAGUUGGAAUGAAACUGAUUUCUUGGCUUUGAAAAAUACUUUGGAUCAAUUUAUCUCUCACAUACGAUUCUUUGAAAUGUCCUCAAUAGAUUUUCAUAAUAACGUCUGGCCUUUUAGGGAAGUGUUACCUAAGAAACUCUUUGAGAGCAUUAUCUCAUUUCAUAUGUCAAAAACUCAACCCAGGCAACAUAAGUUUCCUCGUCAUAGAAAAAUUGCUAUCGAUUCAACAAUCAUCAAAUCAAAGCAUGCGACCAUCCUUGCUAACUGGAUUCAAAGGAAAGAUGCCAUCGCAAAAAUUCCAAAGGGUGAAGAUUACUUUAGACUUAUUUAUCGUGGAAGUAGAGAUGGAUAUGAUUUCGAUAUAAUACGUAACAAAUGUAUUCUUCAGGGAGCUUAUAUUUUACUUAUCAAGGUUAAAGAGAAUGGGUCCAUAAUCGGAGGUUAUAAUCCACUCGGCUGGAAUUUCAAUCAAAAUCAAAAUUGGGUUUUCACCUGUGAUAGUUUUAUUUUUUCUUUAGGUGAUGGAAAGUAUUUUCAAGAUUUUAAGCUUUGUCGAGUUACAGAUAGCAGUAAGGCAAUUUGUAACAACGCUUUGAAAUUUGGUAAUAGCGAUUUGGUUGUUAAUGUUAAUAGAGGUACAUGUAAUCAACAAUCUUAUCAAGGCAGCAUUUUAGAUAUAAAUGCAUUUACCAUCGAAGAAAUGGAGAUCUUUGCUUAUAUGUCCCCGCCUUCUUCUUAUUGCUCUAUCGAUUAUAUGUUCGUUAUACCAUUAGUAAAUGCUCUUAGCUAA